GUUUGUCAUUACCAUUUCAGCCUCCUCUCCCGGCGCCUGUUUGGAGCAAACCAUUUAAUGCCACCAACAAACAGAUCAAUUGUCCACAAACGACCAUUGACUUAGACGUAAUACCUAAAAACUUCGUGGCACAAGAAGAUUGCCUGGUUGCUAAUGUGUACGUGCCCGACACAAGGAAGAAGAAUCUCUCAGUUCUUGUAUACGUGCACGGAGGCGGUUUUAUAGUGGGCUACGGAGACUUAACAACACACAAACAUUUCUUAAAAACGAAAGAUAUCAUUCUAGUCUCCUUCAACUACCGCCUUGGUGCGCAUGGCUUCCUCUGUCUCGGCACUGAUAACGUACCAGGUAAUGCCGGUAUGAAGGACCAGGUUGCCUUGCUUCGGUGGGUACAAAAGAAUAUUGCAAGCUACGGCGGGAACCCUGAUGACGUCACUAUUGCUGGCUACAGUGCAGGGUCUGCAUCAGUAGAUCUCUUAAUGCUCUCUAAAUCUGCAGAAGGAUUGUUCCACCGAGUUAUACCUGAGAGUGGAGCAAAUCUUGCGGCAUUUACAAUCCAGAGAGAUCCUUUGGGAAUUGCAAAAGAAUAUGCCAAAAGUUUGAACUUUACGAACGUAGAUGACAUUCACGAAUUGGAAAAGUUUUACAGGACAGCCUCUUUAGAGCUUUUAACUUCUGUAGAGAUCUCUAAUAAAUCUGACUCCACUUUCCUUUUCUCGCCAUGUUUAGAGCGUGAAACGGAACAGGACGCAUUCUUGACAGAAUCACCUUUAAGUAUAUUGAAAAAUGGUAGUUACAAGAAAUUGCCCGUGUUGUACGGUUUUGCUAAUAUGGAAGGGUUGAUGCGCAUCCAAUCAUUUGAAGACUGGAAACAUAAAAUGAAUGAAAAAUUCUCUGAUUUCUUACCAGCUGAUUUGACGUUCAGGUCUGACAAGGAAAAAGAAGAAGUAGCAGAUAAAAUAAAGAAAUUCUACUUUGGCAGUCAGCCUAUUGGUGACGAAAACGUUCUUAGAUUCGUUGACUUUUUUUCAGAUGUAUACUUUACAACUUCUAUACUUUGGACUGUAAAGCUGCAAGUAGAGGCUGGAAAUAAUCAAACAUAUUUGUAUUAUUAUUCUUUUGUGGAUGAGAACACUCCUGUAGUACCUCACACCGACGUUAGGGGUGCAGACCACUGUGCUCAAACAGAUGCUGUUGGUGACAGAGAUGAAAAUAUUGCAAGCGCUAGUUUUCACAUUAUGAAAAAGACCGUUAGAAAAAUUUGGCACAAUUUUAUUAAAACCGGCAAGCCUGUACCGGAAGGGUCGGCACUAACAGCGUGGCCGGCGGCCGGCGCGGACAGGGCGCCGUACAUGUCCCUGGGACAGAAGGUGGAGUUGCGACACGAGCCCCUGCUGGAGAAACGCUUCCGCUUCUGGGAGGACAUCUACCAGAGGUAUUACCUGGAGCCUAUUCCUCCACCUGCACCAGUGCUCAAUCAAGCUGUGUAUUAAAAAGGAUACACAUGAAAAUUUAAUGUACCUACAUUAUGUGUGUAUUUUUCUAUAUGUUGUGUAGUGUAAUAACUGCACUAAUAAAUAAAUAUACUCAUUGAGUAAUUUUAUAAAUUUA